AUGGGUUCUCUUCAAGCAUACGAAGAAAGGUUUAAAGAAGAUGACCAACCAGUCGAACAAACAUUGCAGACUAAGUUGACGAUGCGAGAUUCCAAAAGUGAAAGUAGUAAUAGAAGUUGGCGAAGAGGAAGAGGCCGAGGGAAAAGAAGAGGUUGUGGAAGACAAAAUUAUGGACAAGACAAAGAAGAUGAAGUAGAAACUAACUACAAUCAAAGGGGAUGUGGUCGAGGACAAAGUAGUGGCAGAGGCAGAGGUAACAAAACAGAGAUAAAGUGUUAUAAUUGUCAGAAAUUUAGACAUUAUGCAUCCGAAUGCUGGCACCGAAAGGAAAACAGGGUACAUUUUGUUGAAAAAGAAGAAAAAAUGCAAGAUGAUAUUCUGCUACUGGCCUGCAACAGUUCAAAAGCAAGUGAAUCUAGCACCUGGUACUUGGAUAUAGGCGCCUCGAACCAUAUUUGUGGAUCUAAAGAGUGCUUUGCUGAACUUAAUGAAAGCUACUCAGGUGAAAUUGUAUUUGGAGAUUUAUCUAGAAGACUAGUAAAGGGAAAAGGUCAAAUUAUGUUGGAACUGAAGAAUGGAGAGCACAAAUAUAUUGGAGGAGUGUAUUACGUACCAGACAUGAAAAACAACAUCUUAAGUAUGGGGCAGCUACUUGAAAAGGGAUAA